AUCUCGGUAGUACGAGUCGCUACAUGCGCCUGUGCGCAACUAAGUAGUAGUGGAAUUGAUUGUGGAAUAUAAAAAAAAAAAAAACAUAAUGGCAAUAAUAAAUCAAGUAAUAAGUACGGCUAUGAUAAGCUAUGUAUGCACGUCUCUAGGUCUACUUUAUACUCUCCCGUCAUCAACUGUGGAACUCUUCAGUUCAGUGAAUACAACUCUAGAUAGAGUCAUGACCCAAACUGAAAUAUCAUUUAUGGGAAGUGCGUCAAGUGCAAGCUCAUUUUUGAUAACACCAUUUGUUUGGUACUUUCUUAAUAAGUUGGGUAGGAAACGGACUCUUAUCCUUUUUCAUUUACCGCAAUUGAUCGCUUGGAUAAUUCUCGUCACCAUAAACAAAGUCGAAGCAGUUCUCUUAGCAAUGUUUAUUUCCGGCCUCAGUGGUUCUACGUUUCUCAUCAUUCCGGUGUUUGUUAGUGAAUAUUGCGAGGUAUCCAUUAGAGGGGCUAUGAUGUCUGGACAUAUAAUCUUUUAUGAACUAGGAAUUAUGAUAUCAUACUUUUUUGGUGGUUUCCUUGAGUACAAAACCAUCAUGUACAUAUCCCUCAUAAUGUCUGCUGUUGCUCUUGGUAUGAUCUGUUGCAUAAGGGAGUCUCCUUUGUAUUUAAUACAGAAGGAGCGUGACGAGGAAGCUGUUAAAUCAAUACAGUUUUAUAGAGGUUUGAAGAAAAAUUGUAGUGAAAUAUCAAGAGAGGUUGAAUGCAUCAGAAAAAUACUUAACUUUGAUUGCGGAAAUAAUGAUUCAGAUGAAAAGCAGAGUUUAAAAAAAGAUGACAUCCCUUCAGAGAAAUUAUCGUUUAUUCAGAUAUUAACCAAAUCACGAACAACUAGACGUAUAGUGUUUAAGCUCUUGUUUAUUCAGACAGUAUCAAUAUUUCAAGGAUUGAUAGUGGUUCAGGUAUUUGCGAAGCCACUAUUACAAUUCGCAGUACCAAGUAUGUCAGCAACUUUAUCCACAGUUUUGUUCGCUUUAGUUGUAGCGAUAUCUAGUUUAAUCGGUGCUUAUUUACUGGAUACAGUCGGAAGACGACCAUUAUUUAUAAACGCUGCAACUGCGACCGGUCUUUGUUGUGUGAUACUUGGCACCCAGAUGCAUUUCAACUGGGGUCCGAGUUGGUUGACUGCUGUAUUUAUGAACUUUUACUUCUUUUUUUACAUUCUUGGCGCUGGUACGAUACCAACUGUACUGAUUGGAGAACUCUUUUUACCUGAGACUAGAAUAUUCGCAGCAGUUUUAUGUGCAGAAUGGUCUUUUUUAUGCAACUUUAUUUUGCUUUCCAUCUUCAUUCCUCUGGAAAAAUCUUUUGGUCUCGGUGCUAUAUUUUAUCUCUUCGCCGUUUGCUCAUUUAUAACAGCUAUAGCAACUUGUAUUCUGAUUCCUGAAACUAUGGGCCUAAGAAUUGAUGAGAUACAGUUAAAGCUUUUAAGGAAUAGAAAAUAAUAAGAAAUAAAUGAAUCAAAUAUGUAACAUUAUAAUUAUUAAAUGUAACUUACUUUUAUAACUAAUUAUUUUAAGCAAAAAUAAAUUAACUUUUUACAAUAAUUAAAAAUAGUAUUAUAUCCAAAGGCGACAAAACGAGUCUAGUUCUUAAAUAGUUUAU